AUGGCUUCCGUCCAGCCUGCGCCCAUGGUGCAGGCCAAUGUCCCACCACUACCAUCCAAUCUGUCUCCAGCGCAGGUCCAGGAGGUGUAUCAGAAAUUCCAACGCAUGAAGGCCCAAAAUGUCCCCGAAACUGAUCCCGAAUACAUGAAAGCCCACCGGUUCCUCACUGCUGUCCAACAGCAACAGAACUUCCGCAAGAUGGCUGCGAUGCAGCAGGCUCAAAAGCAGCAGCAACUCCAAGCCCAACAACAACAGCAGCAGCAGCAACAGACACAACUUCAGCAGCAACAGCCUCAGCAAUCUCAGCAGCCUCAGCAUAACCAGGCCCACAGUCAACAGUCGAAUGGAAACUCAACCGGUCCGACAACCAACGGCACUGGUAAUGCACAGGCCGAUACCACUGGUGCCGCUGUAAACGGAACGCCCUCAUCUGGGUCCAACCAACCCACCGCCAUCAACAACACCCAAGGGCCGGCGGCACAGGCGCAACGCGUGGUGUCGCAAUCCAAUGGGAGCUUCACACCGGAACAGCUGAACCUGUUAAGGACGCAAAUCUACGCAUUCAAGAUGCUGUCAAAGAACAUCGCACUACCAGUGAAACUGCAGCAGCAACUAUUCCCUUCCGCUAAGCAGCAAGCAGCCACGCCGUCAGAUGGCGCUGUAGCGGAUGAUAAAGUGUCCGACGCUGUCACCGAGCCCAAGGAGGUCGUCACGAACGAGCUUGCCCGAGCAAAGUCAUUCUUCGAGACCUAUCAAUCCCCAUAUGAUCUUCUUGCAAAGGCAAUAGGUUACCAAGAUCAUACACAGCGCUCCAAGCGGUUGAAGAUCCCUGGCAUUUUGCCAGCAGGCAUUGAUGUCGAGCAAGUUCGCGAAGAACAAGAACGACUUCUUUAUAAUCGGGUCCAGGCUCGCAGGGCAGAGCUAGCCUCCCAACCCGCGAACAUUGGAUCCUGGGACACUAGUCAAUCAAGCGAUCCUGCUAUUGAUGGAACAUUGAAGAUUAAGGCCCUGAUUGAAUUCAAGAAGCUGUCUUUGCUUCAGAAGCAGCGCGAUCUCCGCCGCGACAUCCAGCAGGACUUGUACUACUACGACAAUCUUGCCAUGACCGCCAACAGAUCACUGCACCGUAGGAUGAAGAAGCAAUCUCUCCGCGAGGCUCGCAUUACUGAGAAGCUUGAAAAGCAACAGCGGGACGCACGAGAGAACAAGGAAAAGACCCGCCAGUCCAACCACCUGCAAUCAAUAAUCGCUCACGGCCAAGAAGUCCGCAAUAAUGCCAUCAGUCAACGAGCUCGAGUCCAGAAGUUGGGCCGAUUGAUGGUCACACAUCAUCAGCAUAUGGAGCGUGAAGAGCAAAAGAGGAUUGAGCGCACCGCUAAACAACGUCUGCAAGCGUUGAAGGCCAACGAUGAAGAGACCUACUUGAAGCUUCUUGGGCAGGCCAAAGAUUCUCGUAUUACUCAUCUCCUCAAGCAGACCGAUGGCUUCCUGCAGCAGCUUGCCGCAUCAGUGAGGGCGCAACAGCGCAAUGCUGCCGAGGCGUGGGGCUCAGAAGACAAAUACUUGGAUGAGCAAGAGGAAGAGGAAGGCGAGUCCGAAGAUGAGGACGGCCGCGGCAAGGUCGAUUACUAUGCCGUCGCUCAUCGUAUCAAGGAGGAAGUCACUGCCCAGCCUUCGAUACUGGUUGGUGGUACGUUGAAAGAGUAUCAGCUCAAAGGUCUGCAGUGGAUGAUUUCUCUCUUCAACAACAACCUUAAUGGGAUAUUGGCCGACGAAAUGGGUUUGGGAAAAACCAUUCAGACGAUCAGUCUGAUCACCUACCUAAUCGAAAAGAAACGCCAAUUUGGUCCGUUUUUGGUCAUUGUUCCGCUCAGUACCCUCACCAAUUGGAAUUUGGAGUUUGAGAAAUGGGCGCCGUCAGUCAGCCGUAUCGUGUACAAGGGACCGCCAAACACCAGGAAACAACAACAAAUGAGGAUCCGACAGGGUAAUUUCCAAGUGCUACUGACGACUUAUGAAUACAUCAUCAAGGAUCGCCCAGUCCUGAGCAAGAUUAAAUGGGUCCACAUGAUCGUGGACGAAGGCCAUCGCAUGAAGAAUGCCGAGUCUAAAUUGAGCAGCACCAUCACUCAAUACUACACGACGCGUUAUCGGCUCAUUUUGACGGGCACACCGUUGCAAAACAACCUCCCGGAAUUGUGGGCGCUGCUCAAUUUCGUGCUACCUACGAUUUUCAAAUCUGUUAAGUCGUUCGACGAAUGGUUCAACACUCCAUUUGCCAACACUGGCGGCCAAGACAAGAUGGAAUUGACUGAAGAAGAACAGCUGUUGAUCAUUCGCCGUCUCCAUAAGGUGCUCCGACCGUUCUUGCUCCGUCGUCUCAAGAAGGACGUUGAAAAAGAUCUUCCUGACAAACAAGAGCGUGUCAUCAAAUGUCGCUUCUCUGCGCUUCAAGCCAAGCUCUACGUGCAAUUGAUGACGCAUAACAAGCUGGUGGUGACCGACGGGAAAGGUGGCAAGACUAACAUGCGUGGUCUCAGCAACAUGUUGAUGCAGUUGAGGAAACUAUGCAACCAUCCUUAUGUCUUUGAACCCGUGGAAGAUCAAAUGAACCCUGGAAGAGGCACUAACGACUCCAUCUGGCGGACCGCUGGCAAGUUCGAGCUCCUUGAUAGGAUUCUGCCCAAGUUCCGUGCGACUGGCCAUCGUGUCUUGAUGUUCUUCCAAAUGACACAGAUCAUGAACAUCAUGGAAGACUUUUUGCGAUUGCGAGGGAUUCAAUAUCUCCGUCUCGAUGGUGGCACGAAGUCCGAGGACCGUUCUGAACUGCUUCGCCUGUUCAAUGAACCCGGGUCGCCCUAUUUCUGCUUUUUGCUCUCAACUCGUGCCGGUGGGCUAGGUCUGAACCUGCAGACUGCAGACACCGUCAUCAUCUAUGAUUCGGACUGGAACCCUCACCAGGACUUGCAGGCUCAGGAUCGUGCACAUCGAAUUGGACAGAAGAACGAGGUCCGAAUCCUACGUCUUAUCAGCUCCAACUCGGUGGAAGAGAAAAUCUUGGAGCGCGCUCAGUUCAAGCUUGACAUGGACGGCAAGGUCAUUCAGGCCGGUAAAUUCGACAACAAAUCCACCAACGAAGAACGUGACGCCUUCCUGAAGACCCUGUUGGAAUCAGCCGAGGCGGCUGAGCAGGCGGGAGAAGAUACAGAAGAAAUGGACGACGACGACCUGAACGAGAUCAUGGCGCGUACUGACAACGAGCUGGUGCUCUUCAAACAGAUGGACAAGGAACGGAGCGAGACCGAUCUGUAUGGGCCAGGGCGCCCGCUUCCUCGCUUGAUGGGCGAGAGUGAACUUCCGGACAUCUACAUGGCCGAAGACAGUCCCGUUCAAGAGGUUGAGGAGGAGUACACCGGCCGCGGUGCUCGUGUCAAGACACAAGUCAAGUACGACGACGGUCUGACCGAAGAGCAAUGGCUUGCAGCGGUGGACGACUCUGACGACUCUAUCACUGAGGCAGCAAAGCGGAAGGCUGCACGAAUCGACAAGAGACGAUCGAACAAGAUGAAACGCGAACGUGACGCCGUAGGUGGGGCUUCUUCUCCCGAAGAACAGGAGAGUUCCGAGGAAGAACCUGAGCCUCAGCCCAAGAAGAAGGGCCCGCGGAAGUCGGCGGGUCAGAAGCGCAAGGGUGAUGAUAUCGAAGAGGAAACGCCGGCGUCAAAGCGGAAGCGUGGCAGACAACCGAAUAGAGUGUCUUCCGACCCGCUUACCAGCGCCGAACGAAGUGCAUUGCAGAAGGCGUUGAAGGCGAUCUUUGAGUCAAUCAAAGCGUUGGAAGUACCGGACUCAGACCCCGAGGAACAAUCUGAAGAAGAGGAUGAGGACGAGCCACCAACGCGACUCGUCAUUGGCCCAUUUCUGGAGCUGCCGCCGAAGAAACUGUAUCCUGAUUACUACAAUUUCAUCCAGGAGCCCAUCGCCAUGGACAUCAUUGAAAGGCGUAUCAGCAACCACCAGUACACGAGUUUGAACGAUUUGAGCAAGGACAUCGCCCUCUUGGCGAAAAAUGCGAAGACAUACAACGAAGACGGCAGCAUGAUCUACAAUGAUGCGAUUGCCAUUGAGAAUCACUGCAACGAAGCAAUCGCGAAACAGAUCGCCCAGCACCCAGGCCUCGCGCUUAGUGGAGAUCGAGGCGCUCACGAUGGCGAAUCCACGGCAGCAGGGUCGGCUACUGGCACACCACGAGGAUCUGUCGCACCGACAGGAGGAACCAAGCUGAGGCUGACACUGGGAGCUGGCGGAAAUGGAAUUUCUACGAACGGAACGACGAGCGGAGCCGCGAGUGGAACGGAGUAA